CCAUCCAGACAUGUCGUUAAACCUCCCUCAAGCGCCAAACGCCGGACUUUUUAAGCAAGGGUACACCACCCACUCGUCCGCGGACGGUGCGAUCAUCCGCAACAUCCAAGCGUGCAACGAGAUCUCGCUGAUGGUGGCCACCUCGAUUGGGCCGUGUGGGCGCAACAAGAUCAUUGUGAACCACCUCGGUAAGAUUUUCAUCACCAACGAUGCGGCAACCAUCUUGAACGAGUUGGAUGUUGUUCACCCAGCGGUGAAGAUCUUGAUCAUGGCGUCGAAGCAGCAGGACUACGAGUUGGGCGACUUCUCCAACUUUAUCAUCUGUUUUGCCGGCGAAUUGUUGAAGAACUCGGAAAAGAUGCUCGUGUUGGGGUUGUCUCCAAUGGAGAUUAUCCAGGGCUACAAGAUGGCCAACAACUACGUGAUGGAGCAUUUGCAAGACUUUACCGUCGACCGUGUCGAGGACGUGUUUUCCAAGAAUAGCUUGAUGAAGUUGGUCAAGCCGGUGGUUGCUGCCAAACAGUACGGGAACGAGGGGGUCAUCUCGCUGUUAAUCAUUGACGCUGUUCACUCUGUGCUCAACCCUAAGAACCCAAACUCCUUCAACGUUGACUCUAUCAGGGUUGUCAAGAUCAUGGGCUCGUCCCUUGCCCACUCCCAGGUUAUCAAAGGGAUGGUGUUCCCACAGGAACCAGAGUCGCAUAAGAAGUCAGUGUCUGAGGGUAGAACAAAGGUCGCGGUCUACACGUGUCCAAUCGACAUUUCUGCGACCGAAACCAAGGGGACCGUCUUGUUGCACAACGCGCAGGAGAUGUUGGACUUUACCUCGGGCGAGGAGCUGCAGAUCGAGGCCAUUGUCAAGGAGAUCCAUGCCUCUGGGGUUCGGGUGAUUAUCGCCGGCUCUUCGGUUAGCGAGAUCUUCCUCCACUACUUGAACAAGUAUGGCUUUGUUGUGUUAAAGGUUGGCUCUAAGUUCGACUUGAGACGUAUUUGUCGUGUCUGUGGCGCCAGUCCGUUGGCCCGUUUGGGCGCGCCGAUGCCAGAAGAAAUGGGUGCGAUUGACUUUGUCGAGACCAAGGAGAUUGGCUCGGACAGAGUCACGAUCUUCAGACAAGACACUGAAAACGCCAACUCCCGUUCGUUGACCGCUACGAUUAUCGUUAGAGGCGCCACCACAAACAACUUGGAUGAUAUCGAGCGCGCGAUUGAUGACGGUAUCUCCUCUCUCAAGGGCUUGUUGAAGGAUGCAUCCUUGUUGCCAGGUGCCGGGUCCGUGGAGAUUCAGUUGAUCAACAAGUUGACCGCUUGGGGUGAGAAGCAGCCGGGUUUGUUGCAGUUGGCCAUCAAGGCUUUUGCCCAGUCCUUGGAGGUUAUUCCGCGCUCUUUGGCCGAGACUGCCGGGUUGAAUGCCACGGAGACGUUGUCCAACUUGUACGCCGCUGCCUCUGCCCAGGAAUCCGUCGCGGCAGAUGCGAGGGUCCACUAUGGUGUGGAUGUUGACCAGGAGAACGAAAACGGGAUUGUUGACGUGACCGCUGAGGGUGUCUAUGACUUGCUCAUUUCCAAGAAGAGUGCCAUUUCGUUGGCUACCGAUGCCGCCACCACCGUAUUGUCUGUGGAUUCUAUCAUUAUGGCAAAGAGAGCCGGUGGACCGUCAGUGCCAAAGCAGGCCAGACCAGGCAACUGGGACCAGGCUGAUUAGCGAGCAAAGCAAAGCCCGAAGUGCCAAAUGCGAAGAUGCAGUGUAUAUUAAUGUUAUAGGGUUAUAGAUAAGGUGUAGCGGGGAUGAGGUAGGGAUAUGACUUAUCCAUGAGUAGAGAGGUUGAAGCAGGAUUGCAGGUGGAGAGGCGGGCAAAGAUCUUGGUACAUAAUCGUGAAACAGCUUCAAGAAGUUUGGUUCUAGCGUAGGAUACGUGAGAUAUUUUCGGGAGUUAACCAAGCUUACAAGAUUUAACAUCGGUG